AUGGCCACAGUUUAUGCUGUAGAGAAAGAACCAUGCUAUAAAGACGGCAGAGGAUCUGCGGAGACCGAACAGAGAACAGCCAUGGCCCGACGACUCCCUCACGUUGUGGGAUUGACCAAAAUGUGCAGGAACAGGAAGAUCUCCUUCAAAUCUUUGGAUCCUCCUUCCUCCCUCACCCAUGGAAUCCAUGUCUUUUAUUGCCCUGACGCCGUUGGAAUUGUUGCCAAGCUAUCGGAUUGUAUUGCUUCUCGAGGGGGAAACAUUCUCGCUGCUGAUGUUUUUGUUCCUGAAAAUAAACAAGUCUUUUACUCGAGAAGUGAUUUUGUUUUUGAUCCUGUUAAAUGGCCACGUGUGCAAAUGGAGGAGGACUUUCUAAAGCUUUCACAAACAUUCAAUGCAAUAAGAUCUGUUGUAAGAGUGCCAGCCCUGGAUCCUAAAUACAAGAUAGCAGUUCUAGCAUCAAAGCAGGACCACUGCCUGGUUGACUUAUUACAUGGAUGGCAGGACGGAAGACUUCCGGUAGAUAUCACUUGUGUAAUUAGUAACCAUUAUAGAGGCUCAAACACCCAUGUGAUUCGUUUUCUUGAAAGGCAUGGUAUUCCUUAUCAUUAUUUAUGCACAACGAAAGAAAACAAAAGAGAAGGGGAGAUGUUGCAGCUGGUUCAGAAUACUGAUUUUUUAGUACUUGCUAGGUAUAUGCAGAUAUUAUCUGGAAACUUUUUAAGGAGCUACGGGAAUGAUAUAAUUAACAUUCAUCAUGGCCUGUUGCCAUCAUUCAAAGGUGGCAAUCCAUCUAAACAGGCCUUUGAGGCAGGUGUUAAAUUAAUUGGUGCAACAAGUCACUUUGUGACUGAAGAACUUGAUGCUGGACCUAUAAUUGAACAAAUGAUUGAGAGGGUUUCCCAUAGAGAUAACUUGCAGAGCUUUGUGCAGAAAUCAGAAAACCUAGAGAAGCAAUGCCUUUCCAAGGCUAUCAGAUCUUAUUGUGAACUUCGAGUGUUACCUUAUGAAGAAAAGAAGACUGUUGUAUUUUAA